AUGCAAGCCGAGCAAGCCGGGCCCUUGAUGAGCGGGCAAACAGUUGUGCUCCAAAAGAGAGGCCGCGGUAGACGACCCAAGGGCCAUGUCCCGAGCAGACAAGAACAGUCACAUACUGGCAGGGUCCAAUUCAUCAACACGAUCCCAGGCAAUGGGCUUGGCAGCACAAGCAACAUAAGGCUCAUCAGGUCUCAUGCAGCCAAGCAUUCACGUGCCCUUCAACGCGAAACGACGCAGCGCCAGCGUUCGACGCCGAAAAUCGCUUUUCAAGAGGAUAUAAUAUCAGGUGAGGUUCGAAAUGACCAAGCGGUGGAGGAAGACAAUCACGAAGAGAUGUCACAAUUCGCUAUCAGUCUCGCAUCCAGGCAUCGCAGACUUGUUCCAAGACCACAAACGACGACAUUACAGAGAAGAACCAGAAGUCGUUCUCCAAGCCCGAUUCAGCUGGUUGGAGGUGCUCGCAAGGAUGCAUACCAAACAUUCGCCAGAUCAAUGUCAGAAGACGAGCACUAUCUGUUUGACUUUUACCUCAAUUAUGUCAUCGAAUACGGCUACAAGGCAUGCUAUCACAAAGAAGAUGAAAAGGUCUUCCAAGCGUCGAUGAGAGACGUCUGGGUUCCAUGGGCCAUGGGUCAACCAAGCUUGAUGGCUGCAAUAUUCCACGUAGCAUGCCGCAAUUAUGCCACCACAACAAACAACAGUAACUCGAAGAAGUACGCGGUGAAGAAACUCCAAUAUCGCCUCACGUGCUUGAAGAUGGCAAAAGAAGCAAUUUCUUCUCAGGCGGUGGCUAGUGAUACGACCAUUGCGCUGGCUCUGCUGAUGGCGUCCGAAUCUCACUUCGAAGGAGAUAUGGAUGCCUUCUUCGCCCACGGGAUAGGUAUCAUUAAGAUGGUUACUGCGCGGGGCGGACUUGAGACACUUGGUCUAUCUGGGUUCCUUACAAAGAGCGUUGGGUGGUCGAUAUACAGCCCAAGCAACUACUUAGUGUCAGGCCCUGGUGAACUGAGGGUGUAA